AUGCCACGACAAUCAGCUGCUGAGCAAGCCAAUGCAAGAAGGGAGCGCGCCGAAGCCCGCGYGCGUAGACUUGAUGGACGGUCAGAGGCGAGUCCACGUGCUCUCAACGUCGACGUGGCUGCGAUCAAGCGGCGUGAUGAACUGGCUGCAGAGCUUCUGUCAUACUACGAAUUCCUCACAGCACUGUAUCUACCCGCUGACUGCAUCAAACGCCCGCCAAAGGGAGGCUGGCCAUCCAUUACGGCUGAGCGACUGGCGUUCCUCGGCAAGACGGACGCUGUGGUGGACCUUUUGAAGCAUAUUCCGUACAUUAGCCAGGAUGUGGAGGAUCGRCUUCRGAUCUUCGAGAAAUGCAUCUGCACUGAUUACACCGGGAUACCAUUCGAGACGCAGGCAGCAAAACACCAUGACCAGGAGGACGUCGACCCUCUUUCGGAGCUUUUGGAAGAUGAUGUGUGGGACAGGCUCAAUGCGAUGCAACACAUCGCAACCCUUGCUCGGUCUGCCUCGAGGAAUGGCCAUUAUAUCAUGGUUGACACACGAGAUGGUCAGCUGGCAACCAUUGACUUCAUGGACGGCCGUUGCCACACCCAUGACACCCCCAAAAAGCUGUGCGACAAUUUCAAGGACUAUUUUCGCAGGCUUGAUAUCUUCCCGAAGGAGCCACGCGACGUUCGAAUGGUGGGCAAGCAGUCUUACAGCGAUGCCCAAAUCGAUGAAGUGAAGGCCAUAUUCAUGAAACACGGAUGGCCAGCCAAAGAAUUCCAGCGGGAGGAAUGCAUGGCCGAAGUGGCAAGUCUGUGGAAAUCGUUUACAAAGUGA